AUGAAGACCCUUUUUACCUCACUCUUGCUACUUUUGCUCAUCAUCAAUGUUCUCGUCAGUGCGACUGGACCUACUCGGGAGAAGACCCUUGUUUGUCCCCAGGUCACCUUCACACCUCCAGGGGCAUCGGCCAUUGUCGAUGAAAUCCAUCAUCUAGAGUGCCAACGCAACAUAUCUCACGAGAAUGAGAAGUUGGGCGUCCUACAAAGGAAAGUAGAACAGACAGCAAACGACUUUCAUAAAGACUUUCACGCCAUAGUCAGGAAGACUUUAGAGACUUGCACCCAUUCGCACCGCGGAUUGACCAAACCUGAGACCGCUCAGAUGAGGCUCAGAUUGAAUCGCUGGGUGCCAAUUCUCUUUGAUUCUCCAAUUAACCUUUACUUAUCGGCCGGGAAGAAGUUUCUGUCCAGCCUGGAAUCUCUCGAGAGCAAAGCACAAGAGCUAGCAACCAUGAUCAAGCAGGACAUAGUGGGCUGUACCGUCACACUUAACUCGCUGUGUGACGACACCAGGAGAAAUCAAGAAGAUAGCGCGAGCAUGGGCGACACUGGCAUCUCUGAUACGCCGGGAGAAAGCAGUUUUCAGCUCGACGUGGGAUUUGGUGGAAAGCGCCCAAAAGGAGGAUAG